AUGACGAAGCCCCGGUUGUUAGAGCUCCCCAUGGGGGCUCAGCUUAUCUACAUCGCUGAGGGUGGUGCUAACAUUAUUUAUCGGAUUGUGUCACCUGCAACUCCCAGCCGAGGGUCCAAAAAUAGCCCUCCACUAGCUGUUUCAAGUGAUAAUCUAUCUGUGCCUGCAGCGUUCAAGGGAAAGCUGCUUCGACUCCGCAAAGACACGGCCGCUGGGGUAUCUUACCAAGAGAUCGCCCGGAACUUUGACAAGACUAUUCGUCCUCUAUUUAGACCAGAAGAACUGGUGGAUCAGGAACUCGUCUACCUGCCAAAUGGACUAGCUCAACGAUGCAACGAGCAGCUGCGGGCAGCCGAGCUCGCUGGGAGGCGCCCGAAGAAGAGAUGCGGGGUAUUCCUCUCCGUCACGGAACCGUUUGGACUUCUCAUCACUGACAUGACGUCGUUUUCUAAUCCCGCAACCGAUGUUGCUGAAUUGAAACCAAAAUGGCUCUUCCAGUCGCCAUCUGCUCCCGCUGGGGCUCGAAAAUGCCGCACCUGCGCCCUACGAGAUAUGAAGAACCAGGAAUCUCGGAGGGUGGGUGCGUUCGAGGAGCGGUCCUUUUGCCCCCUAGAUUUGGUUUCUGACAAGUUUGAGAAUGUCCUCCGUGCCACUAAGUUCGUUAAGGGGUAUAAAGACCACGUCCGGCUGGCCAGGACACUUUAUCGAAACAGUACGCUACUAAAACUACUAGCACACCAGAAGAACCUGAAAGAUGUUGGGCUUCUUGGACCCCCGCCGCAUUCCCGAGACAAAUCCCUAGCAAUGACACUAAGAGACUGUACGAUGUUUAUCAAGAUGUCUCGCAAUGACAGGGGUCUGGUUGAGAUUAGACUUGGUGACUUGGAUCUCAAAACCGGAACUGGGGGCAAAGCACAAUACUGGCUUGACCUUGAGAGUCGGUUGAUCAACGAGGGUUGGUACACUGGUGCUAGAACCAACUCCCACCCAUGCGACUGUGCCCUCCAAGGCCCACGGGGGCAGUCACCACCUUGCAUGUGA